AAAGGCUUAAACCUUUGGUCAGAUUUUUUAGAGCGACUGGAAAAUGUGGCUGACAUCACACAAGUUGCAACCAUGAAGAUGGCCGAUGGUGUAACAAUGCUAAGAAGGAAUCGACCUGGAACAAAGGCCGCCGACUUUUGUCGCUGGCCGGAUCAGCCAUUUGAGGAAAUGGAAAGCACUCUAGUGGUGCAGCAAUACAUCCAACAACAGAUCUGCCACGAUCCGAUGAAUGUAACUCAAAUUCUGACUCCUCCCGAAAGCCAGGACGAGGGAGUGUGGAAAUACGAACAUCUCAGACAGUUUUGUUUGGAACUGAAUGGCCUGGCCGUGCGUCUGCAGGCUGAAUGUCAUCCUGAGGCUUGCACCCAGAUGACAGCAACAGAGCAAUGGAUCUUCCUCUGUGCGGCUCACAAGACUCCUAAAGAGUGUCCAGCCAUUGACUAUACCAGACACACACUGGACGGUGCUGCUUGUCUGCUUAACAGCAACAAAUAUUUCCCAAGCAGAGUUAGUAUUAAGGAUUCAUCUGUUGCAAAGCUUGGCUCGGUCUGCCGCAGGGUGUACCGAAUAUUCUCGCAUGCUUAUUUCCAUCAUCGAGCUAUAUUCGAUGAAUUUGAGAAUACCACCUAUCUCUGUCGGAGAUUUACGUCGUUUGUUAUCAAGUACAACUUAAUGUCCCGCGACAAUUUAAUCGUUCCGAUCUUGGAAGAUGAAGCAACUCUGCAGACCGAGUCGGAGGCUUAGGUAUCCAGAAUCUCUUGAUUCAUUCCAACGCGGACAGCAUAUAGGAAAUCAGACCUCGCUCCCCUCCAGCUGAGAUGGCAGAGAUUGGACAGUUAAUAUUCAUGGAUAAGAUCUAAAGAUUAAGGGGAGCGUGAAACCCUAAACUGCCAAGGACAAGGACUAACAUCGUGAACUAGUGCUAAAAGGGUGUGAAUGACUGUGACUCAACAAACUGCAUGCCCCCUGUUUAUUUAUUCUGUGACCUCUGAAAACUCUGAUUUUGUCAGCUUUGCUAAAAGUUUGAUUGGGAGCUGUAGUUCAGUGGCGUUGCUCUCUCAUCACUCAAAAUCAGCAAAACACCAAGCCAACUGAUGCUUGCAAUCUGUGCCCAAGAAACCCCCUAUCUGGUGCACUCUAAUUUCAUUUUCUAGAUCAUGUAUUCGUGUUUCCUGUACUUCAAGUAGCAAUUCAAUCACCAUUUUUUGUCAAUUCAGUUUUUAAACAAGUGCUUGAAUAUCCAUACAAUUAUUAGAUAAAUGUGAGCUUGUAUUGAUGAACUAUUUCUACAUUAUAUAAUUUUGGAAACUAUCCACAUUAAUAGUGAAUUAAAUGUGGCCAUAAAAAUAUGUACACACAGCAAACUCUUGGAAAAUAAAGAUCAUAAUUACAACUUCA